AUGCUGCUGUGGAGUGCGGCCCGGGGAGGCCUGGUGGUGUCGGUUGCUGCCCGUGGCCUGGGGCCAUUAUCCAGCUGGGACUGGGGCCAAAGGCUUCCUGGAGGUGGCAGCAUUCUUCACAGGAUCCGAGUCCGUGAAGGCCACAGAGAGUUCAGGAAGGACCAUGUGGAGGUGGGCUCCCAAGCAGGUGCAGCGGGCACUGGGCAGCCCGAGUCCUCCCUGCCUGGUGGGGUCCCCUCAGAACCCCUGUACCCGCCACCCCCUGAGCUCCAGCCCCCCACCAACUGCUGCAUGAGCGGCUGCCCCAACUGCGUGUGGGUGGAAUACGCAGACGCACUGCUGCAGCACUACCAGGACGGCGGGGAGCGGGCCUUGGCCGCCCUGGAGGAGCACGUGGCUGAUGAGAACCUCAAGGCCUUUCUCCGGCUGGAGAUCCAGCUCCGUGUGAGGAGUGGAAGCUGA